AUGGACGGCAUUACCGCAAUAGCCAACGUACUUAAGCUGGAGGGGGUGGACUUCAUCGGCUGCAUGCCCUCCAAUCCCCUCAUCGAAGCCGCUGCCAUCGCCGGCAUCCGGCCCAUCGUCUUCCGCCAGGAACGCACCGGCGUGCAUAUGGCCGACGGCUUUUCCCGCAUUAAUAACGGCAAGCGCACCGGCAUUUUCCUGAUGCAGGCCGGCCCCGGCGCGGAAAACGCCUUCGGUGGCGUCGCCCAGGCCUACGCCGACUCGGUGCCCAUUCUGCUCCUUCCGGCCGGCGCGGCCAGGCACCGGCAGGGCAUCGACCCGGUAUUCAGCCCCACCCGCAGCUACGAAAGCAUCACCAAGUGGACGGCCCAGAUUAACUACGCUGACCGCGUCCCCGAAUUGAUGCGCCAGGCCUUUACCAAGCUGCGCUCCGGCAAGCCAGGUCCCGUGCUCCUGGAAAUGCCCGGUGACCUCAUCUCCGAGGAAAUCGGUGAGGAGCAGUUCGACUACGAACCACCCCAGGUCUUGCGCUCCGCCGGCGACCCCGAAGCCGUUGCCCGGGCUGCUCGCGCCCUGCUUUCCGCCCAGCGGCCCGUCAUCACCGCCGGCCAGGGAGUGCUCUACGCCGAGGCUACCGACCAACUGGUGGAGUUGGCCGAGUUCCUGCAAAUACCCGUAAUGACCACCCUGGAAGGCAAGAGCGCCUUUCCCGAGAACCAUCCCCUGUCCCUGGGCAUCGGGGGAUCCAGCCAGACCGGCCAGGUCCACCGCUUCCUCACCGGCGCCGACACGGUGUUCGCCGCUGGCGCCAGCAUGAUCAAGAGCAACUUUACCGCUCCCCUCCCGCUGGGCAAGACUCUCAUCCAUACCACCAACGCCGACGCUGACAUCAACAAGGACUACAAGGCCGACUAUCCGGUGGUGGGCGACGCCAGGUUGGUGCUGGGCCAGUUCCUUGAGGAGAUAAAACGGCAGUCCGGCGGCCAGGCCCGUCCCGCCAACCAGGAGUUGAUCGACGAAAUCAAGGCUUCCCGCCAGGAGUGGCUGGACCAGUGGCUGCCUCGCCUGACUUCCGACGAGGUGCCCCUGAACCCCUACCGGGUGAUCUGGGAAAUAAUGCACACUGUGGACUUGAACAACACCAUCGUUACCCACGAAUCGGGCAGCCCCCGCGAGCAGGUCUCGCCCUUCUGGGAGGCCCGCGCCCCCCGCAGCUUCAUCGGCUGGGGCAAGUCUACCCAGCUGGGCUACAGCCUGGGCCUGGCCAUGGGCGCCAAGCUGGCCGCCCCGGAGAAGCUGGUUAUCAACUUCAUGGGCGACACUGCCUUCGGUAUGGUGGGCCUGGACGUAGAGACGGCGGUUCGGGAGCGUAUACCCAUCACCACCGUGGUCCUGAACAACAGCACCAUGGCCAUCUACGCCGACAGCCGCAUUCCCACCGCCGUGGCCCGCUACAACAUCAAGCAGACUGGCGGCAAUUACGCCGACAUGUCCCGGGCCAUGGGCGCCUACGCCGAGCGCAUCACCGAACCCGACGAAAUUGCGCCGGCCAUGCGCCGCGUCCAGGAACGCAACGAGGCCGGCGAGUUUGCCCUGUUGGAGUUCAUCACCAAGGAGGAGGGAGCCUACUCCAAGUACCAGUUCGUGUAG